UUUCCGUCCAUAUUCAUUUUCCCGGAAAUCUAUAUCAGAGCUUUCCCAGAAAACCCAUCUCAAUCAUUGAGUGCGGACAGUGGGCAAUGGCUGCACCGGGGUCAGUUCAGAAAUCCGAGGAAGAAUGGCGCGCUGUUCUCUCCCCUGAACAGUUUAGGAUUCUACGCGAGAAGGGGACAGAGCCAAAAUUCACUGGGGAAUAUGACAAGGUUUUUGAAGAAGGGGUUUACAAUUGUGCUGGUUGUGGAACACCACUCUAUAAGUCAACUACCAAGUUCGACUCUGGAUGCGGUUGGCCUGCAUUCUAUGAGGGUCUGCCUGGAGCCAUAAACCGCUCUCCUGACCCUGAUGGGAGGAGAACUGAGAUCACAUGUGCAGCUUGUGGUGGUCACUUGGGCCAUGUUUUUAAAGGGGAGGGGCACAAGGUGCCGACCGAUGAACGCCAUUGUGUCAACAGCGUUUCGGUCAAGCUUGUUCCAGGGAAGUCUACACUCUGAAGUCCUCUGAUCAAGUUUGUUUUGUACACUUAAAACCUUAGUGUGGUUCUUGCCUUGCUUGAAGACCAAGAUUGAUAAUCUGAUAUGCAGUGAUUGUCAGUAAGUCGAGGGAGAGCGAUGAAUGAUGUGUUAUAAUUUUACUAAAAUGGCAAUAAAACCUCUUUGUGUUUAGC